CUUCGAGGGACGCCACAUAUAGAAGGUAUAGGAAGCAUUAAUUAUCUCUCAGAUGACGGUUAAGUAAAGGACCUGAUUUCAGAGAUGUAGAGAAAUUAUUACAAGAGGUUUUUAUCGACUUCAAUAUCAGUACAACUAUGGAAAGUUUUGUCGACUCUUGUCCACAAAACCUCACAGAAGCUAUAAAUGCAUCUACAAGACUUGGCUGUGGAAGGGACAAAUAUAAUAACGAUCAGUAUAUAUGUCUCCCUAACAUCGAGAAGACUGGUCUAGUAGAGUUCUGUCACGAUGGAAUCAUGGGGAUAAUACAAAAAGGAUACUGUUUGGAGACGACGGAAGGAAAACUGUUUCCAUAUGCCUGCUCAGGAUUUUUAGAAGGCUGUCCAGAGGAUGCUUUUAGAAACAAUGAAAAUUACAAAUAUCCUGCAUGUCAAAGAAUUAACACAGUGAACCGUUGCUAUCUUGCCGAUCCUUCCUGUUCAAAAACAACCCUUAACUUAGAUCUUGGUGUCUACAACACUACGGCAAUAAAUAAUCAAACAACCACAAACCAGGAGUACGAAUCCCCCGAUAUUGGUGUAAUAGUAGGAGGACUGUGUGCUGGAGUGAUUGUCCUCAUCGUACUACUAUUCUUAGGUGUUCUUCUAUGGAAAAGAAAGCAAAGGAGGAAAAAUAAGACAUUAGAACCAAAUCCAGAGACGAUAUCUUUUUUGGAAAGAAGAGAAAAAAGACACGAAAGUGACUCACAUAAAAGACUUGAAUAUUCUCCCGACUUUAUAGGUGAUUACGACUCAUGGAAGACAGAUAUAUCAG